AUGGGUAUCAUUAACCGUGGCGAUUCCUUUAGACGACGACGUUCGCGUAGUAACAGUUUGGCACCAGUCAGUCCAAUACAUCAACGCGCCGGCACCGCUGAAAACAAUGCCUCAGAUGCCAACACAUUUGCGAACCAUCAACAAGUCGAAAUAUUUCGUGUGCAAAUGUUAGGUUCAUCAGGCGUGGGCAAACAGGCGCUUGUUUCGCAAUUCCGUACUUCAGACUGCAUAAAUGCAUACGAUGGACCUGAAUGUGAUGAGUCUGAACAGAAUAUUUCUAUUAUUCUUAAUGGUGUUGAAUCAGAAUUAAAUUUCGCAAUUGGCUCGUAUGAUAUGAGGGUUAUUGACCUAGGAAAUAUUGACCGCAAGAGCAAUAUAUGUAACAACUAA